UCCUGGCGUUAGGAAAGGAAAAUAUCCGAUUUCUUCUGUUUCAGCUUUCAGUAAUUCUCUUGGACUUGAGUAAUGAUGUCCGAUCGUUGCAUCGCGUGACCUAACUGUGAUAUUUUUAGAAAAAAAUACUGCGAUGGAAAAACUCGUGCUCUUCACUUUUUUUACCCUAAUCUGCGUCGCUUCAGCGCGAAUAUCGGUAAUGUAUGCCCACGACAAGCUGAGUGACAUGAUCGCCGAGCAGUGCCUCAGCGAGAUGUACCCCAAGAACAAGAGGAUCGAGAUCCAGGAGUCUGAUGAGCCCUGCAUCAUCUUCUGUGUCCUCAAGAAGUUUGGCAUCAUGAGUGCAACUGGUGUCAUAAACUUGGAGGUCUACAGAAAACGAGUGCAAAUUGCGCACCAGUUAGAUCAAAGAAACGCAAUUAGCGACUACGGCGGCACCUGCAUGGAAAGUGCGGAGGCAACGCAACAUAAACAGGAUGUUUGUAAAAAAGCCAAAGUCUUCAACGACUGCACUCAUUUAUAUAGAAUCCUACUGAAGUAACAUUUUAUUAUUGUCUUCCUUAUCCGUUAUUUCUUCAGAAAAUACGAACCAUUUACUAUUUCUGUCCGAGAUUUUGUGUCCAUUAAUUAAUUAGAUUGUGGGCCCAGCGUCAUUUCUCUGAUGCCUCGAGCAAAAAGUCUAGUAAAUUACUGUCCUUAAUUUGCUUUAACCAAAGUUUCGGUUGCUAAAUAUUAAUCUUGGUUCUCAUUUCCUGUGAAAUCUUUGUUCUGACAAGUAUUUUUAUAUAAAACAGCUAAAAG